UUUGAUUGAGAAACAAUACACAAUGGAGCCCUCACAGCUCACCAAGAUACCAUACCUUUGGAUUCUUCGUGAAGUUCAACUAGAGCAAAAGCAGCUUCUGGAGGCCCUGAUGCAAGCACAGGCAGAAACCCAACAGAUGUUCCAGACCAUCAUACAGAGAGUGGUAUCUGAAGCUCGCAAGAAAGCCGUCUUGCAGUGGUCGGAGCAACAUCGUCAGCGGUUUCGCUCCUUGAUCCUCAGUGAUGUCAGCAACCCAUUUGCAUUUGCACAACAGCUCCAUGACAACUGUCAGAAGUGGUUGCUGGCUGAGGAUCAAGAUGCCAGAAGGAUUGUAGAGCGGGUGGUAAUGGAGCAGUUUGUUGCCCAACUUCCAGAAGUAACAGCCAAGUGGGUCCAGCACCAACAACCAGCAACACUAAAUGAGGCUAUCCAAUUGGCAGAGAAUCACCUGGGAUCUCUCUCUCUCCCCUUCAACAUCUAUCUGAGUGAAGCAAUGCUUCACGCACGCUGGGUGAAGCGGUCAGAGCAACAUCGCCAGAGGUUCCGCUCCUUGACCCUCAGUGACGUCGGCCACCUAUUUGUGCUUGCACAACAGCUCCAAGACAACUGUGAGAAGUGGUUGCUGGCUGAGGAUCAUGACCCUGGAAGGAUUGUGGAACGGGUGGUAAUGGAGCAGUUUAUUAACCAGCUUCCAGAACAGACAGCCCACUGGGUUCAGCACCACCAACCGGCAACAAUAAAUGAGGCUAUCCAAUUGGCGGUGAACCACCUGCCGUCUUUUGCUGUCUCUGCCCCUUAACAUGUCCCCAGUUUGGGGUAUUGGAAUAAAAAAAAAAAAAAACAGACGUAAUUCGUGACAUGUUAAUC